AUGAACCCCACUACACUUCGUGAGGUCUCCAAUCUCUCUGGUGGCCUCGCUGAUUUAAAACAGCGACUCGCCCAACGUGUUAGUUCAAAUGUGGAUUCUUAUCGCCUUAGUUCCUGCGCGACGACAACAACAACAAUGCUGCGUUCUGGUAUUCAAGGCAUUAACGCAAACUCCAUCCAUGUGAACCGAAAGAGCAGUAAUAUAUUGCCUGAGAAGACCAGAGAAGGUUCGGGAAGUCCACAUGCGGAUCAAUAUUAUGAAGAUGAUCCCGUCUUUUGCACAGAGAUUGUAAAGGAUGUUACCGCGAUGUAUAUGGAGAGAGAAAAACAAAUGGAAGGAGAGUUGGCCAAUCACCAACUUGUGCCCUCCCCGAAGUAUUUAACAUACCAACCGGAAAUAAAUGAAAAGAUGCGUAUGAUUCUUGUGGAUUGGCUUAUUGAUGUGCAUUUAAAGUUUAAACUUCAUCCUGAGACCAUGUAUUUGGCUGUAAACAUCCUUGACCGCUAUCUCUCCUGUGUAAACACCAAACGCUCGCCGGGAACUUACGUGGCCCGAUCGCAGCUGCAGUUAGUGGGCAUCACGGCAAUGCUGCUGGCCGCGAAGUAUGAAGAGAUUUGGCCGCCGGAGGUGAAGGAGUGUGUGCACAUUAGCGCCAACACGUAUUCCCGCGAGGAAGUUAUUAAGAUGGAGCGCGGGAUCUGCGCGGCGCUCUCCUUCCGCCUCACGGUGCCCACACCAUUCCCAUUCCUAGUGCGUCUACUCAGUGUUGUGGAGGGACUGGGAGCCCAACAACAACAAUUGGAUUCCAAAAUAAUAUCAACAACAACAACUGAAGAGGAACAGACGGCAUACAUGACUUUAUUGCGGCACACCGCCUUCUUCUUUUUGGAGCACGGCAUGUUGGAUUACAAAUCUCUGCAGUUUGUUCCUUCCCAACAUGCAAAUGCCGCCUUAUUUCUCGCCCUUGUGACUCUGCGGAUUAAACAACAUGGAAUUACAUAUUCCUUCGCAGGGGAGACGGUGUGGAAUCGACAUCUGCAGCACUACAGUAAAGCGCAGGUGCGGGAUUUCAAGGCGUGUGCGGUGGUGAUGUUGGAGUUUGUGAGUUACGUGCCCACCACCAAAUAUCAGGCUGUGAGGCGAAAGUACAGCAGUUCAAAGUACGGCGAGGUGGCGAAGUUUAUUAUGCCCAAUGAAGUGCCAGACUAUUGA